UCCGUCUCUCGUCCAAAAUGAAUCCUCAAAGGUUCUCUCCUCUCCGUCUUCUCUCCCUAGCCCUUCUUCUCCAAGUUGUUCUUGGAGCAGACCCUCUCUAUCACUUCUGCUCCAAUUCCAAGAACUACACUUCCAAUGGAACCUAUGAGACCAACUUGAACAAGUUGAUGGAUUCUCUCUACUAUAGUGUUCCUCCCACAGGGUUUGGCCUUGACUCAGUCGGCAAAGAUCCCAACCGCGUCUACGGGCUUGGUCUAUGUCGAGGUGAUGUCUCAAGCUCCGACUGCAAGAGCUGUAUUGCUGAUGCAAACCCAGAGCUUCGCAAAAGAUGUCCUAAUGACAAAGAAGCCAUCAUUUGGUACGAUUAUUGUCUCUUGAAAUAUUCCUAUGAUAACUUCUUCGGCAAGAUUAAUACCAGGAACAUAUUCUAUCUGUGGAAUCCAUACAACGCAAUUGAUCCCACCACGUUCAAUUCCAAAGUUAGAGAAUUGCUAAACCAGACGACUCAGGCUUGUCAUAGUUCAAAGUUGUAUGCUACUGGAGAGCUAGUGGUUGAUGGUUCAGAGAAGCUCUAUGGUUUGGCUCAGUGCACCAGGGAUCUCUCUAAAGCUCAAUGCAUGAAGUGCCUGGAUGAUGCAAUAAGCGACCUUCCUUAUUGUUGUGAUGGUAAACAAGGAGGAAGAGUUAUUGGUGGUAGCUGUAAUUUUAGAUAUGAGCUCUACUCCUUUGUAAUUUCUUAGAUAUGUGUAGGUAAUAUCGUACAAGAACCAUUCUUAUAUGAUCUGAUCCAUACAAAUGGAAUUCACCACAGGGUUUUUUCCUUAGGUGGAUUCCAUCUUUGUGGAUCAGUCCCGUAUGAGAAUGGUUCUCGUACGAGGACCUGAGCUGCUCUCUCAAGAUUCUAGGUAUUG